UGAACAAGAAGCCGCAGUGAUGAAGGCUAAUCCGUGGCUCUACCACUACUACGCGGUACAAUCUAAACUCCACUACGGUCUGGCUUACGAAGCAGCUACAAGAAUGUAUGGCCCACCACCCCCAGAUCUUCAAGUUUACCCACCAACGAUGCAGUAUACCCCAGCACCUCCUGUCUGCAUUAACGGGAACCAACCAGUCAUGAUGCCAAACCCUGGACUCCAACCUCACAUAAGCCAUGUGCCGGCGCAUCUAGCCCCCAUGCAUUAUGCUUACGAGAGACCCGAAAACGGGCCUGUCGAUUAUUCCGUCUCUCUCCAAGACAACAGGUACCACAAUAUGCGGAUAGAGGAUACGAGAAUUCAGCCUAAUGCGAAACGAAAAGGAAAAAAUAGCGACGAUAAACCGAAUACGCCGGUUUCCAUGUCUCCUCGGUGUACGCCGUCCACGGUGACAUCAGGAGACACGUUAGUGGCCGUUUCGGCUGGUUCUAUUGCUAGUAGGCGACCAGGAUCGAAAAACUUCAACAUAACAGAAACCGAAAUGGUUGACCAAUGGAAUCGUAGUCCUACGUGGUCAGAAUCGGCACUGCAAAAGGUUCCUGACGUGUGUCAUCAAGAUUUGAGUCCGUACGUCACAACCACACCUCCCACACCCAGUGGCACCCCUUCAGCGUACACCCAUAACUAUAGUCAUACGUUUGUGUUUGAUUGGUCACCAGAGCAAUAUGUUCCUCAUACUAACAAUAGAUGUAACACAGUAACCACAGAAAGUUCCUAUCAGCAGACGUGGAAUAGGAGUCAAAGAACAUUCGCUAACAGCGGAGAGAGUUCAGUAGAUGAGAACUGCAAUCCUAAUAGAUUAAGUUUAUCAAUGAGGGUCAGUAAUCCACCGCCAGCAUAUAAUGCGACACGAGAAGAUGUGCUCAGAAGACAAAUAGAUCGUCCACAUCCAGACUCGCCGGAUGCCAAAAGCCAGCAUUAUAACUGUACCAAUACCUAUCGUGUAUUAUUAUUUUAAAUAGAUCAAUAUUUUGUUACCCCUGUAUGAAUAAAUUUUAUUAAUUUUAGGUUUAUAAGAAGCUCUGGAACUCCCCUGUGAUCUUUGUGUAUGUAAGAUUUUUUGUAAAGUGCUAGAUAAAUUGUAAAUAAACAUUCCAUUGCUGUAGAGUUGUACAAAUAAAGUUAGUGUAAGUGAAACAUAUUGCUUUAUGUCAUAUGAUUUGUGUAUAUGAAGUAUGUCGAUGUAAAUAUCGUAUAUCGGUGAAGUUAAUUUCCUAGUAUUUUAUUUACUUCGUAAUAAUACGUUAGAAUACGAAAUAGUUCCAAAAAGUCGCCUUUUACCUGUGCAUCUUUUUAAAAUUUUUGAUUAUAACCGAUGUUUUGAGCAUUAAAAAAAUAUAUCUAUCUACUUCUAUAUUUCCAGCCUAUAAGGUGAUGCAUGAUAGUUUUAUUUAGUUAUUUCUUUUUCUUACUUUUCCUCUUGUAGUUUAUAAAAGUACAUUUGCAAAUGUGUAUUAUUUAUAAAAUAUUGCGCGUAAUAAAUACCAUCCCUAAGCAUUUAAGUAAUUUUUUGUACUGUCGAUAAAUUUACGAAUCCGUCCAAAUUCGAGUCUUGGAUAAGAAAACUUGUACAAAAUAAUUUUAGAUGUAACUAUGUAAAAAUUAAAACAGGAUGUCUAUCGUAGUUGGAUUAUGUAGUAUUAAUUUAUGAACAUUAUAUUGUUGAUCGAGUUUUGAAAAGUAAAGAUAUUACAACCAAAAA